AUGGGUCUCGGUGACUUCAUCCUCUACAAGAAUAUGGAAAGAAAAUUUGAGGUUCAUACGCGGCAAUGGGCUUGUGACAAUCAGCCAUUUCCAAUAGGUGGACACAAUGGAGCGGGAAGAAUUAGCUGCAACUGUGGAGCAGUCCUCAGGGAUCACAAUGACGUAAUUGAGUUCAGCUGUUGUAACCAGCUUAUGGUUCGGGACAGGAGAACGCCUAUCACAGUAAAAAUACGUAGCAAGAAGUGCCUAUCACCAGGGAUAUCUAUAAAGAAGGUUAUACCCGGAAUAAAUGGCAAAUAUGAGGUAUUGUUUCCGUCGGGUGCAAAGGUAGUAAUAAGGAGAAAUUCUUGGGGACUUGAUGUUGUCAUCAAGACGCCGAGAGCAAAUGACGCAAGCCAAGAAGGAGGACUGUGCGUUUACCCUGGACCUUACGGCAUGCGUAUAACUGACGCCGGUUUCAAGGAAAGGCUAGAAGUCGGUAAAAGCUAUUUUGACACGCUCCCUGUUGAAGUUCGAGAUGAGGACGUUACAUAUUCCUCAACACGUUUAUGCCAACAAGAGGAAGGAAAUGAUGAUAAAAGUAUCUGUCAGAGUGUUUUCAAAGCUGCUUUCCCCACACUCGUGAAAGAAGAUAAUAUGACCCCAGUGAACCCUAAACAUGCCUCACCAUCAAGCUUAUGUGAUAGACAAAAGAGAGAUAUCCAUUACUCGGAUGAUAUCACUGAUGAAGAUCUACAACUGUACAAGCAAACUCUUCAUCUGCAUUCACGUUUUAAGAGAUCAGUCGCUAUCAAACAAAUUCCGAAGGAAAACGCUACACGUUAUUGUGCUACAAGAAUAUCCGAUACAGAGCUUGGAAAGCUUUGUGCAAAAAUUGGCGUUAAUGUACAGCUGCUCGUAGAUACUUGUUCGGCAGAUGUUGAGCUCACUGGAGACCUCGCCUUUGCAAGUGGCAGUGUGUUGUUGUUAGUCGAACAAUGUGGGGUCCUAGGAGCCAAAAAUUUAUCUACACUUGUUAACGGAAGUGAUGAAGGAAAUCCUGCUGCUGCUGAAGCAUUUGUUGAACAGGUGGCGGAGCUGUUAUGUCCGAAUGAUUGUACACUCAAUGGAAAAUGUAUCAAAGGCUCAUGCGUUUGUUACGAGGAAUACACAGCUUCUGACUGUUCGAUGUCCAUUUAUCAGAAACCUGAAAUUUACAGGUUGCAAGAGGACGGUUUGUGCGACAGGCGUAAACGAUCGUGUAAGAAGGUCACUGUCUUUGGCGUCGAUUUCAGGAAUUCGACAAACAUGACCUGUCAUAUAAACGAAUUCAAGGUCCUAAAUAGUUCUUGGAAACCAAACAGCACAGAACUAAGAUUCCCUGGCGUGAUGACUGACUUGGUGCUUGUAGAUUGCUAUUUACCCGAGUCACAAGUCACGCAAGGCUAUUUCUCCGAAACUGACGAAGGAACAGCUGCCUCGGGAUUAACAAUAUCAAUAUCCAACGAUGGUGAACACAAAAGCAAAGAAAAUCUUACAUUGAUAUCAUUCGAUUCAGCUUGCAUGAGCUGCAAUAUUUCGUCUGGGUGUUUAUUCAAGGGAAACUCUUGCUUGAUAAAUGGCUACUGCUUCGCUCCUAACGAGACCAACCCUUUAGACUGGUGUUAUCAGUGCCUUCCUGAAAUCAGCACAUCCACUUGGACGAAGCGCCAAGUUAACCUGCCACCCGAGUUUUCGUCAACCUCUGACUAUUUCGCGGUAUCUGGAGAAACCCUUGAACUGGCCAUAGAUGUUGCAGACCCAGAAGGCAUGCCUGUCACCCUUUCACUUAUGCAGGGAAGUCCAACCAAUGCGAUAGUCGUCGACAGUGUCCUGACAUGGAAAGCCACCAAUGACGCCUCGACUCAGUUUUUCCUCAAAGCAGCAGAUGCUUGCCAAGCCUCAUCUUAUGCUAAUAUCACCGUGUCCUUGGUUGUCUGCCAGUGUCUGAAUAACGGAACCUGUGUACCCCACCACAAUAAGCCGAGAGGAUCAGGGUUCUAUGAGUGUAAUUGCUUGCCAGGAUUUACUGGGGAAAAGUGUGAAACUAACAUUGACGAGUGCCAGUCUUUUCCAUGCUUUCGAGGUCGUUGUAUCGAUGGAGUGAAUACCUACGAGUGUACCUGCGACCCUGGAUAUGUUGGCCGCGACUGUGACACCGACUACGAUGACUGUAGUUCUUCUCCUUGCGUACAUGGAAAUUGCACGGACUUCGUAGGUACAUACAGAUGUACUUGCGAUCCUGGAUAUAGCGGUCCUAAUUGUACUAUUGACGUCGACGAAUGUGAGUCAUCACCUUGCGCAUUCGGAGCAUGCGUCGAUCACGUUAACAAAUACACGUGCGUGUGUGAUGAUGGUUACACAGGAUAUGACUGCGAGGACGAAGUCGACGAAUGCCUGUCGUCACCCUGUAUCCGAGGUACAUGUGUAGACAAAAUCAACAGUUUUAGCUGUAUCUGCCCAACCGGUUUUAGUGGUGUAAGAUGUGAUGACAACAUAGAUGACUGUCUUGCAAACCCUUGUGUAAAUGGUACCUGUAUUGACUUAGUGAAUAACUACACGUGCAACUGCUUCGCUGGCUUUACUGGUUCAAACUGCGAUAUUAAGAUAGAGAACUGUACCGAUGAUUCCUGUUACCCCAAUGUGACUUGCUUCAAAAACAGUGAAAUCAUUAGCUGUGGUCCAUGUCCCUUGGGAUUCACUGGAGAUGGAAAGAAUUGCAAAGACACAGAUGACUGCGUUAAUCACAAGUGUGCUAAUGGAGGAUCAUGUCUAGACGGCGUCAAUACCUACUCGUGCAGUUGUACGGCAGGGUUUACAGGAGAUCGAUGUGGUACUGACAUCGACGACUGUAUGAAUCACACAUGCAAUGUUAGUGGUGGUUCCUGUGUUGAUGGUGUGAAUAAUUACUCUUGCGUGUGCUUGGUUGGUUUCACUGGAGAUCACUGUGAGACUAAUAUCGAUGACUGCGCUAACCACUCCUGUGCUAAUGGUGCGAUGUGUGUAGAUGGUACCAACGAUUUCUCGUGCAAUUGUAUACCGGGGUAUACUGGUAAACAUUGUGAAACUGAUAUCGAUGACUGCGCUAACCACUCCUGUGCUAAUGGUGCGACGUGUGUGGAUGGUACCAACGAUUUCUCGUGCAAUUGCAUACCUGGGUAUACUGGUGAACGCUGUGAAACUAAUAUCGAUGACUGCGCUAACCACACAUGUGCAAAUGGUGCGAAUUGUAUAGACGGAACCAACGAUUUCUCGUGCAAGUGCAUACCUGGGUAUACCGGUGAACAUUGCGAAACUGGUAAACUAGACAUCGACGACUGCGAUAACCACACUUGUGCUAAUGGUGCGACAUGCGUAGAUGGUGCGAACAAUUUUUUGUGCAGAUGCAUAACUGGGUAUUCUGGUGAACGUUGUGAAACUGACAUCUAUGAUUGCGCUAACCACACAUGUGCUAAUGGUGCGUUGUGCGUAGACCGUGUCAAUAACUACUCGUGCAGCUGCAUGGCAGGGUUUACAGGAGAUCGAUGUGAGAUUGACAUCGAUGACUGCGCUAACCACACAUGUGCAAAUGGUGCGACUUGUAUAGACGGAACCAACGAUUUCUCGUGCAAGUGCAUACCUGGGUAUACCGGUGAACAUUGCGAAACUGCUGUCGUCAAGCACUCCAUACAAGUGAUCAGCAAGUAUAUGACUACAUCAGCGUUCAAUUCUAACCAGACCAGAAGUACUGUGUUGUCCACGCAUCUGACGACGAGUUCAAUUUCAGAAUCCAGUGCAAUGUAUCAAAUACACACCACCUCUACGGUUAAAGACACCACAACGUCGUCUUCAGUUAUUAAAGACAUUCCCACAAUCGAAGCCCGUGAAAAAACUAAUACACCUAAGCCGACAACGGAUGACCCCGAAACGGUGAUUAAAGCUGAAAUACGUAUUGAAAGCUCUUGGAAUGAAGACCUUAAAGACGAAACCAGUGCAGCUUUCAAAGAUUUAGCCUUGGUCAUUGAAAAUGAGAUAGGAAAACAGUAUUCUGAAGUCAACAACUUCAUCGGAGUACAAAUCUUAGCAUUCAGGCGCGGAAGUGUUGUGGUCGAAUUUAAGUUGUUAUUCAAGGAGAAAGUUACAGAUGAAACAGCGGUAGCUCCGUUAAGAAAGGCUGUGGACAAUGGCAGUCUUGGUCCUUUGGCUGUUCAACCCGCAUCCUUAAGAAUCGUGAAGGAAGAUGAGGAUCCAACAGAGGAUUCAAAAGAGAAGCUACCCUACCCACUCAUCAUUGGUGCCUCUUGUGCCGGGAUAGCUGUCCUCGUUUUCAUUAGCAUUUAUCUCGUCUACCGCCACCAACGUUAUAAGGAACGUAGCCGCAAAUGCUCUUCCAACGUGUUGCCUUCAGAAGUUUCCCUCCUUAACCCAGAAAAAUACGAGCUAAAAGAAGCGCUUUCUGAGCAGUGUUAG